CGUGGAGUUUGUGGGGUUACGAGGGGCGACGUGAUGGCGUCACGUCGGGGCGGGGCUCAGUCCCCUGCGCGGCGUAAGUGUGACUGAGUGAGGAGAGCCGCGCUGGGCCUGUGUGUGUGUUGGCGGCCAUGGCUCAUCGGUGCCUGUGGCUGUCGCGGGGUUGCUGCCGGCGUGCCCCAGGUGGGCUCUCCGGAGCCCAGCAGCUGUCCUGGAGCCGAGGCCCAGCGGCGCAUUCGCCCUGCCCGAGACUGCUUCAUGACCAUGACCAAAUUCCUGCAAACAGAAACAAUAUCCUUGUGAAUGUAAUCGCUGCUUACAAAAGGCUUUUCUCCCAGCCUCCAAAAGGGUUUGAAAAAUAUUUUCCUAAUGGGAAGAAGGCUAAUGAAGCAAAAGGAUCAGAUGGGGAAACAAAAGAUAUAAAGCCAACUAAUUCCCAGCGACCUUCCAGGACUGGCUCAGGAGGAGGAGGCAGUACUGGUGGAGGAGGAAAGAAAGGUGGCAAGAAGGAAGAUGCAGGCUGGUGGUCUAGAUUACAGAAGGGUGACUUUCCCUGGGAUGACAAAGAAUUCCGUUUUUAUUUUACGGGCAGCACUAUUUUCUGGGCUGCUGUUACCUAUUACUUUUUCUUCAGAAAUUCUGGAAGAGAAAUCACAUGGAAGGACUUUGUCAACAACUAUCUUUCCAAAGGGGUGGUGGACAAGCUAGAAGUGGUGAACAAGCGCUUUGUAAGAGUGGUAUUUACCCCAGGAAAGUCUCCUAUUGAUGGGCAAUAUGUUUGGUUUAAUAUUGGAAGUGUGGACACUUUUGAACGGAAUCUGGAAACUGCACAGCUCGAGAUGGGCAUAGAAGGGGAGAACAGAUUACCUGUAGUAUAUGCAGCCGAGAGUGAUGGUUCAUUUCUUCUAAGCAUGUUGCCAACAGUCCUAAUAGUUGGUUUUUUGCUGUACACCUUGAGAAGAGGGGCUGCUGGAAUGGGUCGAACAGGUCGAGGGAUGGGUGGACUCUUCAGUGUGGGUGAAACAACAGCCAAAGUCCUAAAAGAUGAAAUAGAUGUGAAGUUCAAAGAUGUAGCUGGUUGUGAGGAGGCUAAAUUGGAGAUAAUGGAGUUCGUUAACUUUCUGAAAAACCCAAAGCAGUACCAGGAUCUUGGAGCAAAGAUCCCAAAGGGAGCUAUUCUGACAGGGCCUCCUGGCACAGGGAAAACACUUCUAGCUAAAGCUACAGCUGGAGAAGCCAACGUCCCUUUCAUUACAGUCAAUGGUUCUGAAUUCUUAGAGAUGUUUGUCGGCGUGGGUCCUGCUAGAGUUCGUGAUUUAUUUGCUCUGGCUCGUAAAAAUGCUCCUUGCAUUCUCUUCAUUGAUGAAAUAGAUGCUGUGGGAAGGAAGAGAGGACGGGGUAACUUCGGAGGACAAAGUGAACAAGAAAAUACACUCAACCAACUACUAGUAGAAAUGGAUGGGUUUAAUACUACAACAAAUGUAGUUAUUUUGGCAGGCACCAACAGACCAGAUAUCCUAGACCCUGCCCUUAUGAGGCCAGGACGUUUUGAUAGACAGAUCUUCAUUGGGCCACCAGAUAUAAAGGGAAGAGCAUCUAUUUUCAAAGUACACCUUAGACCUCUGAAACUAGAUAGUGGCUUGGAUAAAGAUAAUUUAGCACGAAAACUUGCAUCACUAACUCCUGGAUUUUCAGGUGCAGAUAUAGCUAAUGUAUGCAAUGAAGCUGCCUUAAUUGCUGCAAGACAUCUUUCAGAUGCAAUCGACCAAAAGCACUUUGAACAAGCAAUUGAACGGGUUAUAGGAGGAUUAGAAAAGAAAACACAAGUAUUGCAACCAGAAGAGAAAAAGACAGUCGCAUAUCAUGAAGCUGGACAUGCAGUUGCUGGGUGGUUUCUAGAACACGCUGAUCCACUUCUGAAGGUAUCUAUUAUUCCUCGUGGCAAAGGAUUGGGUUAUGCUCAGUACUUGCCUAAAGAGCAGUAUCUGUACACCAAAGAGCAGCUGCUUGACAGAAUGUGCAUGACUCUGGGAGGGCGUGUGUCGGAACAAAUCUUCUUUGCAAGAAUCACAACAGGCGCCCAGGAUGAUCUAAGGAAAGUCACCCAGAGUGCAUAUGCUCAGAUUGUUCAGUUUGGAAUGAAUGAAAAAGUUGGGCAGAUUUCAUUUGAUCUUCCUCGGCAAGGAGACAUGGUGUUAGAGAAACCAUACAGUGAGGCAACUGCAAGAUUAAUUGAUGAAGAAGUGCGAAUACUUAUUAACACCGCUUAUGAGCGGACAUUGUCUCUUCUCACUGAAAAGAAGGCAGAUGUAGAAAAGGUUGCAUUACGACUCCUGGAGAAGGAAGUUUUGGAUAAGAGUGAUAUGAUCGAACUUCUUGGCCCCAGACCAUUUGCUGAAAAAUCUACUUAUGAAGAAUUUGUCGAAGGCACAGGCAGCUUGGAUGAAGACACUUCACUUCCGGAAGGCCUUAAAGACUGGAACAAAGAUCGUGAAAAGGAGAAAGAGGAGACAACAAAUGAGCAGAUUGCUAGACAGAUCACAGGAGACAUGCCUUUUUAGUGUUGAAAUACGGGUUGUAUAAACUGGCACAGGAUGUCUACACACUGAAAACAAAUUAAGAAACUUCCCAGAGACUGGUCUCCAAGAUUCCUCUGCUCUAUGGAAACAAGCAAGCCUGCAACAGUGGUGAAGCCAAGAAGAGUUGAGCUUGUGUGUGUUUAUUUUAUCUUUUAAAUAGGAUAUUCAAAUUCCGUUGGAUGCUACUUCCUGAAAUUGCUGAAAAAGUGGACACUUCAUAGCUAAUCGAGCUAUGCUAAGAUCCCUUCUAUGUUUGUAACUAUUCGGAGCCAUAUCAGUGUUGUAACUCUUGCCCAUUACCAAAUAUUUCAGAUGAUAGAGAUUAACUUCCUAUCGGGGCUACCCUGGGGAAAACAUCUGCCUGUGUUAAGCUGCCUCUAUCAAAUACAAGUGGCUAGCAGGCAUGAAGUGCAUUGCUGAUACUUUUGGGGAAUCCAGGUAGUUAUGAACACACCUUCUGUUCUGCAGAAACAACCACCUACAAUUAAUUUUAUCCCUUCAGCUUGCAUUUGUAAAGACUACGCCGGGAAUGAUCUUGUAUCUUGUUCACUAAACUGGAAACUUGCAAAAGAGCUUUUCCAUUGGAGUUUAUGGGCCGGGGCUAUAAUAAAGUGUAAAAUCUAAAUUAUAUUAUUGCAGUUUUAAUUUUUUUUCCUACAUGGAGUUGUAAGAUAUUGAACAUAUGAAUGUAUUGUUUUGUAAAUACAGUUUGAAAAUAUUCAAUAAAAUCAGCUGCCUAGA